CGCUCCGCUCUCCCGGGAGCUCCGCCGUGCCGGGGCCGACACGCCGCACUGGGACCGUGCCGGGCCGAGCCGGGCUGAGCCGAGCCGAGCCGAGCCAAGCCGAGCCGAGCCUGGCCGAACCCCGCACGGGCGGGCCGGGCCAUGGCCCCCCUGCGCUGCGCGCUGCUCUGCGCGCUCCUCUGCGCGCAGGGACCCGCUCCCACCCGCGCAGGAGAGUGCAGGGAGUUGAGGUCCUGUGAGACAUGCACGGCCACCACCGCCUCGCACAACGGCACCGGCUGCGUCUGGCAGGGCUGCGGGACCCCCGAGGAGCCAGAGACAGGGAGCUGUGUGCAGAGAGGGGCAGCAGCACGGGAGACCUGUGAGCUCUACAACACCAGUGCCCUGUGUCGAGCAGCGCUGAGAUCCCCGACCGAGGAGCCUCACAGCAAAGAGCCGACAACACACUCCCCAAGGACCACCACCACCAGUGCCCCCCUGACGGGCAGCCCCGAGUUCCACCCCCCUGGCUUCGACACAGCCAGCUUCAUCGGCGGCAUCGUGCUGGUGCUGAGCGUCCAGGCCGUGCUCUUCUUCAUCAUCAAGUUCAUCAAAUCAAAGGACAGCACCUACCAAACGCUGAUCUGAGGCCAGCCCUGGCUGGGGAGAUGCUGCCCUCGUCCUCCCCAGGGCAGGUGGAGAAGAGGCUGGUGCUGCCGUGGCCCUGCUCAUGCCCAUGGCCCUGCCUGCUGCUGGACUGCCCCCCCCCCCAGCCACAGGGCCCCCCACCACAACUAUGCAAUGCUGGCUCUGUCCCAGGGCACCCCAGGCUGGGACACAUCACCCAGACCUGUCCCCUGACCCCAGCGUGGGACAGAGGGGUGCAACCAGCACGGGGUCCCAUCAGCCCCCAGCCCCAGCCAGGAGCCUGAGGCACCCAGGGCACCAGAGCACAGGUGGCCACAGCUGGCAGCAGGGUGGCCCUUUGGUGGCCAAGCCUCCAGCCCCACACCAGGCAGAGACUGAGCUGGUGCAGUGGGGGCAGAGACCCAAUAAAGGAUUUUCCUUCCA